AUGCCCCGUCACAAUCUCCACUCCGAAGUCUUGGAGGCAUCCCUGCCUGGGAAAUUUCCUCGCCUCAGUCGAAUCCGUCUCGAUGGAGGUAGUACCAUCGUUUUUACCUACAGCUCGCCGCUCAAUAAUGAGCCUAUUGUAUUCAACGUUCCCAUUCUAAAUGUCGCAGAAUACCCCAACAAGCACAGCUACUUUGCGUUCGCAACCACCGACAACAUCUCCAAGCCGGUUUCCACCUUUCUAGACACCGUGCAGAAAAAGUUCGACCGUUGCAAGCUGGAAACUUUCCUAGAAGGUUUUUGCGACUGCAUCGAUGACGCUUUCCUGGAAGACUCUCUGGAAGAUUCGGACGAGGGUGACGAUUAUGAUCCCAAACAUGACGCCGCGGCCUCGGACGAUUUCGAUCCCAGCAGUGACGAUGAAGAUGUGGACUGGGGCGGAUUGACCGAUCCUCCAGUGAUAUCCCAUUCAACAGAUAAGAAGCAACUCCGGGCUGAUCUUCGCGCAGCCAAAGCUGCAGGGUUUAAAGUUGGAUAUCUGGAAGAUCCGGAUAGCGCUUUUGUGGUAUCGAUUUCCUGCCGCGUCUCUAAGCUGGGGAUUUCACAGGAUGCCAUGCAAAUGUGGAAUGUUUCUCCCGAGCAGUUUUUGGCAGUGCUUCUUCGCUAUCCUAGGGGUUAUCGUGGGAUGAACCAGAUCCUGUCACAGCCACAGACAGGCCCAGCUCUCCUCCAAAUGCACAUUGGCCUUUGCGAUACAUAUAAACCUACUGUGCUGUCGGUUCCGGACACGGCAAACCCCGCCAAAGUUCAUGAUAUAUUAUGCCCCAGCGUGUCAGAAUCUACGCCAAAAUCUGCCAUUAAAUCAACCUUCAUCACGGAGCCAAUGGAGACAUUGCUCAAUACCCGCUUCUUGGGCUUUAUACGAAACCGACUGGAACAUGGCUUUUCGUGGACAGGAGCGGAGCUGUACUACAAUGAUGCUCAGGGCAAGAAGAAACUAAAAGCCAAUGAUGUUCUUCUUGCCAAAUAUCGUGUUCCUGAGGAAUGGAACAACUCCACGCCAAGCUUCGUCAAAGGGGACGAGCUCCGACAGACGAAGAAAUCAUCCCGACUAUCCCUGCCUCUGAUUGCUAUGCAGUAUGCCCUUCGUCGGUUUGUGAAGUGUACGGAAUUCUGUCUUACUUGCCACUGCAAGAUAGACGCCGGCUAUGAGGCACUGAAGCCGUACGUUUGUUCCAAGCCGUUGUGUCUGUACCAAUACAUGCAACUUGGCAUGGGCCCAAGGCUGGAAUGGGAAAUCACCUCCCAACCGUACGUGGUCGAUAUGCUCGUUAGCUUUGCUUAUGCGAGAGCUUGGGCGGGGAAGCUAUCCGAUUUCCCCCAAGGACUCGACUUGAAGGUCCCCUGGGGGGCCCCGAUGAGCCGAGGGACGAAGCCUCGGAAUGCGACAUUGGAUCCUGACAAGAUGACGCUGUCCAUCCGAGCAAGACACGACCUCAAGGUUGGGGAAUGGGUUGCCAUCAAGGCGGGCAAUGAUUCAUUCUCCUCGAUCAACACUCCAUCGCUCAGUUGUACAGUGCUGAGUACACAGAACAACCUGAUACAGCUUUCGCAGCCAAUUUCCACAGGCUUUGGCGACCAAAGUAAUCAUCGGCAAUGGGAGAAAGUGCAAUUUAUGCCUUACCGUGCUAAUUUUGAUGACUUGUCAGCCCAGCUGAAGCAGCAUGCUGUCACGGCGCUCCUCGACACGCUUCCCGAUGUUAUCUUAAUGAAGUCAUUCAUUACAAGCGGUCCAAGGCCUGAGCAAAAUAAACCUCUUGCAUCCUGGACCGAGAGAAUUUGUCCAUCCGCGCUCUCUGUACUGCGGUGGAUUGUUGCCUCCAACCAAUCAUGCAUUGUACACGAUGAUGACCCCAAUUAUCAGGUGACAGGCAUGGGUAACUACAUGCAGUUCAGGCUCGCGCAGGGUUCUCCAGAUAAAGAAGCCCGGUUCAUCCAAGCAGUCAAGAGCAGCCCGGCGAAGCAAUUUCCCACCAUUUUUGCUUGGCAUGGAAGUCCGGUUUAUAACUGGCAUAGCAUCGUGAGACAGGGAUUGAAUUUCGAUGAAAUGUUGCAUGGUCGCUCGAUGGGAAAUGGGGUCUAUAUGGCAAAGACCAUGGCUGAAUCACAGGGUUACACUGCCUCCAACACAUCCGUGGCAAACUGGCCGCAAAGCCUGUUGGGCAUCAGGUCCGCCGUUUCGUUGAAUGAGGUAGUCAACUCGCCCCAAUCAUUUGUAUGCUGCAAUCCCUGUUACGUUGUUUCUCAGCUGGACUGGAUCCAGCCACGGUACCUUUUUAUCUCAGGCGAGGAUCUCCCAUCUCAAGGGGGAAAGAAGUCCAAACCAUCAAAGGUCUACGAACAGGACCCACAACAUACCCCCAUGGGCAUCAGCCAUACUCCCGUUUCUAUUCCUAUAUCGGCCCUGAGCUCCCGUGAAAAAAAAACCAACAAGCAAGCACCAACUCGUGCCAGCAAAAAGAGGAAGGUGUCGCCAAACUCGGGGUCCAAGACGUCGGACACAAGUGACGAUUGCGAUAGCGUGGCGACCCUGGCUGAUGACCUACGUUUGCUCCAAUCCGAUUCGGAAAAUGAAGCCGCUGAGCCGGACCGUGCGGUCGUGAAGAGAAAGACCCGAGCAGAUUCUAAGCCCAAAACUGACUUCCGGCCUGGAACCCUGCAAACAAGUUCCCUAAAGCUCCUGGGGGCACCAAGUUACGCGACCACAACCGCGACCCAGUCACUACAGCGACAUCUUAAGGAUGUAUUAAAGGUCCAGGAUCGAGAGCCCCUACAUGAACUCGGGUGGUACGUUGAUCCGACGCUGGUCAACACCGUCUACCAAUGGAUUGUCGAGUUCCAUAGCUUUGACCCUUCUUUGCCCUUAGCUCAAGAUCUCAAACAAAACGAGCUCACAAGUAUCGUCAUGGAGAUUCGCUUCCCGCCUGAGUUUCCCCACUCUCCACCGUUUUUCCGGGUCAUUCGUCCGCACUUCGUCCCGUUUAUGAACGGUGGUGGUGGCCAUGUGACCAUUGGCGGAGCCAUGUGCAUGGAGCUGCUCACGAGCUCAGGCUGGAUGCCGACCCUGUCCAUGGAGAGUGUACUUUUGCAGGUGCGCCUGGCGCUUUGCUCGGUAGAUCCCAGACCUGCACGGCUUGACAAUGUUGGAGAUUACAACUUUGGCGAGUCGGUGAUUGCCUACAGGCGAGCAUGCCAGAGUCAUGGUUGGAGGGUACCUGAGGAUUUCAAUCGCAUUGAGCAGGCAUGA